GAGAAUAUGGGAGGUUGAAAAUCCGAAGAAACAAAAAAGUGUGUUUAAACCACGGACAAUGCAGGGUAAAAAAGUCAUACCCACUACAUGCACGUAUAGUAGAGAUGGAAACCUCAUAGCAGCUGCCUGCCAGAAUGGAAGCAUACAGAUCUGGGAUCGAAAUUUGACUGUUCAUCCUAAAUUUCACUAUAAACAGGCUCAUGACCCAGGCACAGACACUUCUUGUGUGGCUUUUUCCUAUGAUGGUAAUGUCCUUGCCUCUCGUGGAGGUGAUGACACAUUAAAAUUAUGGGACAUCCGACAAUUUAAUAAGCCACUUUUUUCAGCCUCAGGUCUUCCCACCAUGUUCCCAAUGACUGACUGCUGCUUCAGUCCAGAUGAUAAACUCAUAGUCACCGGCACUUCUGUUCAGAGAGGGUGUGGUAGCGGCAAACUUGUUUUCUUUGAACGGAGAACUUUCCAAAGGAUGUAUGAAAUAGACAUCACAGAUGCGAGUGUUGUCCGCUGCCUGUGGCAUCCAAAGCUGAACCAGAUCAUGGUUGGAACUGCGAACGGGUUGGCUAAAGUCUACUAUGACCCCAACAAGAGUCAGAGGGGAGCAAAAUUGUGUGUGGUUAAAACCCAGCGGAAAGCUAAACAAGCUGAGACUCUGACCCAAGACUACAUUAUCACUCCUCAUGCCUUGCCUAUGUUCCGUGAGCCCCGCCAACGGAGUACGAGGAAACAGCUGGAGAAGGACAGACUGGAUCCCCUCAAGUCCCACAAACCUGAACCUCCUGUAGCAGGCCCAGGUCGUGGUGGCAGAGUUGGAACCCAUGGGGGCACUCUAUCAUCCUACAUUGUGAAGAACAUUGCUUUGGAUAAGACAGAUGACAGUAAUCCCCGGGAAGCCAUUUUGCGUCAUGCCAAAGCAGCAGAAGAUAACCCAUAUUGGGUUUCUCCAGCAUAUUCCAAGACUCAGCCGAAAACCAUGUUUGCCCAAGUUGAAUCUGAUGAUGAUGAAGCAAAGAAUGAACCAGAAUGGAAAAAACGUAAAAUUUGAAGAAUCUCAUUUGAGAGCUGUUUGCAUGAGGGGGAGGGACAUGGAACAGUGUUUGUUUGUUUGUUUGUUCCCUUAAUGCUUGUAAAAUUAAAAAAUACAUUUA